CUAUCGUUUACAAAAAUAUCUACAACUCGAAUAGAACAAAAUAGAAAGAACAACAUUAUUGUUGUGUUUUUAUUUAUUUAUUCCUGUAUUAUAUCCAUAUUAGUACCUUGAAAUUUAAAAUAGAUAGAUCUUGUAUUAUUUAUUUCUGUAAUAUGUCACUAAACUUUUCUAACCUACAAUACAUUUAUGUAUGGAAAGUAUAUCUAUAAAAAUUUACUGGUUUUUAAAUUUUAAAGGGACAAUAAAUAAUACAUUUCGUGAGUCUAUAACUUAUAUUAUAAAAUGCAACAUUUAUGGAAAGAUUCUGAUAAAGCAACAGAAACUAGUCUUCUUAGCGUUGCAUUAAUACAUCAUGGUUUAGUUGUUCUGGAAGAUUGUAAAGCUAUUUUAAGAAGAGAUUAUUCUAACAUGAUUGAUAAAGUUAAAUUAAUAUCUGGCGGAGGAAGUGGCAAUGAACCUGCUUAUGGUGGUUUUGUAGGACCUGGCAUGUUGACUGCUGCAAUUUAUGGAAAUAUUUCCUCAGCACCACCAGUCAAUUCUAUAUUAAGAGUCAUUGAAGAAAUUGGCACAGAUUAUUCUCCUGGUGUUCUGUUAAUAGUUCCAAAUUAUUCAGGACAUCGUAUCAAUUUUGGAAUAGCCAAACUGCGUGCAGAAAGUAUGGGCAUAUAUGUGAAAAUGGUAAUUGUUGGAGAUGAUGUAUGCAUAGAAAAUGAUUAUACAGGCAUAGAAAAAAGAGGUUUAGCUGGUAUAUUAUUCAUUAACAAAAUAGCUGGUGCGAUGGCAGAAAAUGGGGAAAAUUUAGAAAGUAUUAAUAAUGUAUGUAACAGAAUCAUAAAUAAUGGAGAAAUUGCAACUAUUAGCAUAGGCAUGAAAUUAUCAUUUUCUUAUGAAGAGAAUUUAUGUUCAAGGAACGACAGUUUUACGAAGAUUAAAAUAGGAUACGGUGUUCACGGUGAAGUAGGUGUUUUUACAAUAAAUAAAACAUCCAUUGAGGAUGUUACUACUCUUUUAAUGAAUAAAUUAAUACUAUUAUCCCAAAGCUCAGAAGAAAAGAAAAAUUCAAUUAGAAGAUUUCCUGUUGGCCACAACGUAGCUGUUAUGGUAAACAAUCUUGGAGCCAGCAAUCAGAUAGAAUGCAAUGUAUUUACGGUUGAAGUACUUAAACAACUAAAAGAUUUUGAUUUAUUGGUGCAAAGAAUAUAUACAGGUCAUUUAAUGACUUCAUUGGAUUCUUAUGGUUUUCAAGUCUCAUUAUUAAAUCUUUCUAUUGAUCCCGAUCUAAUUAAAUAUCUUGAUAGUCCAACAUCAGCACCUGCUUGGCCAAAAGUAUUAACUGCUGAAAUGGUUGGAUUUGAACAAAGUCAUGAUUUAAAGCCAAGUAUUCCAACAAAGUAUUGCAGGGAUUAUUGCAAUGGCAGUUUACCUCAUGUAAAGCCCCAAGGAACUAUGUUAGAUAAUAGAAGUGGACAAGUACUUUUAAUUUGUAUAUCGUUUGCAUGUGAAGCAUUGAUAGUUUGUGCAGAACAAUUGAAUACAAUGGAUAAAGAAAGUGGCGAUGGCGAUUGCGGCACUACGCUUGCUCGAGGAGCAAAUGCUAUCAAAAAUGCAAUCAAAGAAAGCAAAUUGAAUAGUACAAAUCUUUUUGUCAUAUUUACACAGAUUAGCUGUAUUAUAGAAAAAGAAAUGGGUGGAUUGCAAGGAGGAUUAUAUUCCUUAUUUUUUCAUGCUGUUGCUAAGACUUUUGGUGAAACCGUUGAUCAGAUAACAUCUCGUACAUGGUUGAAUGCAUUAAUUGCAGGAAAUAAAGUUAUAUCAGAAUUUGGAAAAGUAUCAUUUGGAGACAGAACAAUGCUAGAUCCUUUAAUGGCUGCACAAAAUGUAUUAUCUAGUACAUUAGAUGCAAAAAUGCAUCCUAUUCAAGCAUUUGGAGAAGCUGUUAAAGCUGCAGAACAAUGUGCUAUUCAAACACUAUACACGCGAGCAUUACGUGGACGUGCCAGCUUACUUAAGUCCAAAACAUUUAAAUAUCCUGAUCCUGGUGCACAUGCUAUUGGCAUAUGGAUGAGAGCUUCAUAUGAAGGUGUAAAAUUAAAGUUAAUUUGUCAGUGUGAAUUGUAAAAAUGAUAUUUGAUCGGAAUCUUAUUAAUGGUGUUUCUCAGAAAAAAAAAAUCCUAUAAAUUUAGAUAAGUUAUAUUUAGUUUUUAUAACGUACCACGACAUAUACAUUCGCCCAUUGAUACAUACCAACACACGUACACACAUUCAACUUAUUAUUGACAUAACGAACGUUUUAUUAUAUUUUGAAAAAUUAAUACAUGAAAUAGACAUAUAGAAUAGUAUAAUUGUCAUAAGGGCCACAAUUUAAAAACAGAUCCUUUGUAUUUUGAUUGAAAUUAUCAACGUCAUGUGUAUAAUUCUUUUGAACACAUAAUUUUAAAAAGGGAUUUUUUUGACGAGCAUCCAUUAAUCGAUGAUUUUCUACAUAUACAGUUGCAUAAUCUUUAUAGGAAUAUCUCAAUCUAAUAGAUAUAUCUUUAUAAUCAAGUUAAUGAGAGAUGAACAAGCACGUAUAUCUAGAUAUUUUAUAAUUUAAAUUUCUUCGAAUCGGUUGAAAUUGUAACAAACUUUUGAUAGAAUCUCGUUCUUUGUGAUUUUAAAAUUUAUACAUUUUAAACUUUCAUCUUUGGCAAUCACUAUAGGCACUAUACAGAUACAAUACAUCAAAUUUGUUUCUUUCGGCGUGUGUAUAACAUAUAUAUAUAUAUAUAAUUGAUGAUAGAAAAAAUAUUAAUUAUACCAAGUAAUAUCAGAGAACACGCGAUACUUUCGUGUUUCUUUCAUAUACUGGUAGUCAAAUCACUUGGGCUUUCAAUUUAUUUUUAACUAAAUUUCAAAUAAUUGUUCAUUAUCAGUCUUCGCCGAUAUUAUUGCACACGAAUCUAAAUAGAUAAGCCUAUGUUAUUGGCUUUUGUCACAUUAUUUAGAUAUAUUAUUGUAAAGCAUGUAAAUUUCGUUAAAAAAUCUUUAUCUAUAAAUAUUUUUUCAUUUUUAAGAGAGAAAAAUAAUAAAAGUAUCAGUUCCUUUUUAUUAUUCACCGUCCUAACGAAUUUUAAUAAUUUUGGAUAUGCAUUUAACGAUGAGUUAUUUUUUUCUAUCCUUUUCAUGAAUCUUAUUAAACCUUUUUCGUGUCACAAUUUAAAUAAAAAACAUCUCUUAUAUAAAUUACUUACAAAGGAUCAUUAUUGAAUAUAACAUAGUUAGACACUUAAUAAUUACGUCAUCGUUAUCAGUAUUACUGUUACAUUAAUUGAAUUGGAAUCAUGUUUUACUUAUCUUAUCAAUUAACAACUAACGAAGAUUCCAAAAGGGACGAUUACCGUUUCGAAUAAUCGAAUCAUGCACACGAUUACGAGCGUACUAUUAUAACGAAGAAUUCGAUUGAAGUAUAUUGCCAGAUAUCUUGUCAAAUACAAUAUAACGUAGUCGUGUAAAAUAUUAUGUCAUCAAUGAUAAUGAAAAAAAAGAUAACAAACAUUUAUUUUCAUACAAUUUUUAGUAUACUGAAAACUAUUGUUGAUGCAUUUGUUGCAUUAUUUAUAUAUAUAUAUUUUCUUUUUCACAUUUAAUUUAAUCCACAAAAGAAUACAAGAAAAUAAGUAUUUUACUCGACUCCGUAUAUUUGUAUUACCAAAUAGAUUUCUAAAUAUAUGUGUAUAUAUAUAUAGAUAUACAUAUAUAUAUAUAUAUAUAUAUAUAUAUAUAUAAAGAGAAAAAUGAGAUUUUGUAUACGAAAUACGCUCACACGUAAGGAAAACAAAUUUAUGCACAAUAUAUCAUCGUCCUGUGUAUUUUGUAAAGAAAAAAAAUAUUUGUAAAAAAGAAAAGAGCGAGACUUUCGAAUAGAUAUCUCGAGAUUAGAUCGAUUCAACGUGUAUCACAUUUAAGAUUAUUUUUGUUCUUUUGUAAUUUUCACACAAAUGUAAGAAAUCUGUAUACUUAUUACAUUGUGUGCAACAGCAAUCGAUGAGAGGAGGAGGGGGUUUCAUUUUGUGCAAGAAACGAUCGAAUUGAUUUCACAAUGAAAUGAAUCAAUGAUAUCAGCUAGAUUAUUAUAUAGAAGUGUGUAAAACAUUGAAUCGAGAUUGUUAUUCACGCGAUUUUAAUUAUUGGUUCGAAAGAUGAUUGUCUAUGAUUGUCUGUGACACAUGUAUACAUAAUUUAUAUAUAUAUAUAUAUAAUAAUAAAUAAUAGUAGUAGUGAUAAUGUACGUAAUUAAAUGCGGACAUUCGCGCGUUUAUAUUAAAGAAAUAAUUACCAAUAUAUACGAUUUGUUCUUUCAAUAUAUGAUCCGUCUGAUUAAAUCGUUCAAUCGAUUUUGAUUAACAUUAAGGACACUUAACUUUGUAUAUGAUCGUCUUAGGAACAUGUACACGCUAAAUUCAUAGGAUCUAUGAUUGUAGAUCUGUGCGCUUACCUUAUCGUACUUGCGUGUGGGACUAUUUUUCACUUUUGUCUGAGGUAAAGAGGGUAGGAUUAUUUUCAAUAAUAAAUCGGACGGAAGAUACAAAAUCUAACAAUAAGAAAUAUUCAUAAGUUGCGUAGAGAGAGAGAGAGACACGAGCACAAAUUUAUAAAUAAUUUAAUCAUCGUCGUUUUGUUCGUUGGGAAAUCGUGAAUUGCAAUGAUUAUAAUGCUGUACGAUAUGAUGAUUAACAAAUAAUACAAUUCAUACGAUACAUACAGUGAGUUACAGGAAUAUUCGUAUCAGUUUCUCUAUUGUAAAUUUUACAUAAUUGAUUUUUACCCCUUUAAUGUAAAGUUUCCAAAUUCUUAUACACAAUAAUUUAUUUUAUAAGAUUAUUUUUAAACUUUCAAAUUGAUAUACAUUUUAUUUUUUUAUUAUAAUUUUAUUAAAAUAAUAAAAAGAUAGGUAUCACGAAAGAUUAUUUGUAUAUCUUAGUAAGUUAUAAUAAAAAUAUAAUUAUUAUUUUUCUUCCUUUUCAUUUU